AUGGAUUCUACCCAGCUUUACGCGUCCUCAUCCAAGUCAUCGUUGAAAAAGCGCAAGUCUCCUGACGGCGCAGGACCGAAUAUCUCUACAAAAAAACGAAGAAAAUCAGACAGCACUGACGACACCGAUUGCGAAUUCCAUGUCGCCAGCGCAUCGCUCAUUCUCUCCAUUCCACCUACGUUUGCCGCUAACCCGAGAAUUGGAGCAGAAGAAAUGCUUGAUUCCAUGGUCAUGAGGUAUAUCCCUGCGUUUCAGGGCGUUGUACUGGCGCACUCGAAUCUUAAAUUUCAAGAUCAAAAUGCCAUCAUUAAAAUGGAUUGCCCAUUUUUAGUGUGCAGCGUCAGUUUUGACGCGACUGUGUGGAGUCCCCGUGUUGGAAUGAAACUAGUUGGCAAGGUGAACUUGUGCUCACCCGACCACAUUUCUCUUCUCGUACACCGCACCUUCAACGUCUCAAUACCCCGACAUCAUAUACCAGCCGAUGAAUGGGAUUUCGAGUAUGGUCCUGCCGAGAACGACCCCGAGUAUGGCCAAGGCGCACAGGAAAACAACGAUGAAAUGGUAGCAGACAAUAUGACAAAGAAGCAGAACAAUGAUGGUGGAGGAAAGUGGGUUCGCCGAAUUACUGGACAUCGAAUAGGAAACAAGGACGGGUUUUUGGAGUUCACCGUUGUUGGAUUAACAGUGGCAAACGAAAUGCUCUCCUUACUUGGAUCAAUCCAGCCCGACCCAUUUUCUCCAGAACAUACCAUUCGCCCUCAAUCGAAGAAAGAAAUACAUUCGGAAGUGGAGGAGGAUGUUGUCGAGGAGAAGUCUGAGCUAGAUGAUGGCAUAGACGACGACAGCGACGAAGAUACAUUCACGAUGCUGGGUAAACAAGCCGACCAAGCGGCCCUGCGGGAGGCUAAGCGCAAGGCGAAGGAGGACCAGGAGAAACCAGAGAAGAAAAAGAAACGGAAAGACGGGGAGAGCGAGAUGGAGUUUAAAAAGUCAAAGAAACAUAAAAAGCGAUGA